AUGAAUGAAACCCUGUUCCGCUCGGAACCCAGGUUGGUACCUUCUUUUGAAGAGCCUUAUUCGGCUGAAUCAGCAGAUUGGAAAGGCGGUGAUCCAGCUGCUAAGCUAGAGGACAUCGUAGGACGGUAUUCGUGGACGGAUGAGCGAUUGGACCGCCUACAGGACAGUUACUGGACAGAUGCGACCAAGACCGGAGAUCUGAUCGGUCGCUCCCCGCUGCAGGCAGCUGUGAUUUGCUGCUGUGUAUAUUCUCGCAUCCCUCUUACUACAGAAAUUUCCGAGGCAUCAUUAGCCAAUUCGGAAUAUCUAAUAGUCCACCCCGGGUCAACCCUCAGUACAUCCCUUCCUGUCAGAUUCACUAAGUUGAAAGUAGUUGUAUCAGCACAUAGAGGAAUGGCCCUUUCGAGGAGUCUUGUUACUGGCCCGCUUAGCCCUAUGUAUCCUCGCAAUGCUAUUUCUGUAUACCAUCCCUUUUCCAUUGAUUCAGUAUCUCCCUUGCUUGCCUCCGCUCAAAGGAUAGGCUCAUGGUAUAAGUCGAGUAGCAGAACGAAGAAAGGGAGUGAACUCAAAGCCAGGAAAAAGAGCAUUUCGGACAAGGUUCUACCGAAAGACGAAAAGAAGCGUCCUCCCUCCCACUGGGGCAGAGCCCGUAGUGAAGGCUUGCCUAAUUCUCUUGGUUGA